CACAUCAGCAACAAUCACCACCUCAUCUCAUCAAUCAUCUCAUAAUUCAUUGAAUUGUUUGCAAAGAACUCUACAUUCUACAGUCAUCCACUCAUCACCGACACCCGUCUCUUGCUCAGCUUAUCCCUCGCCGCCCUAGGCCCUCAGUCUCUUUGUUGGAUUGCCACCGGUGCGAGUUGCCACACAUGCGUCUACUAGUCUACAUCCUCCAUCUCGAUAGCCUCCUCCUCUCUUCGAACUCGAACCGAUACUAAGUUUCACUUCCCGCUCUACCUAUUGUAUCCACCGCUACGGCCGCUUCACCGCAUUCCGACAACCUCUGAUCUCGUCGAUGGUGCUGAGCUGGCCGGAUGCCGAUCCGACGGCCAGUGCAUUGCUGAACGCACCACGCCGCUUACCUCGCCUCGCCCGCCAUAAUGGACAAGGUUGACGGGAAGCUACUGCGAUACAGAAUCGGGGCCGCAGGGGGAAGUCGGACGGUAAAAUCCCUGUACGGCGACAAAUCUUGGGUCGAGGAUUUAGACAUUGUCAACGAGUUGGGCGCACACACCGGAUGCGUCAACGCCUUGAGUUGGUCUACAAGUGGAAGCUUACUGGCCUCGGGCUCGGACGAUACCUAUCUGAACAUCUGGGGCUACAACCCUGCAUCCGAUUCCAAACCCUUUUCCUUGAACACGAGCGUUCACACGGGUCACGUAGCCAACAUCUUCUCCGUCAAGUUCAUGCCACACUCGAGCGAUCGGACGGUAGUAUCUUGCGCCGGAGACUCGGAGGUCCGGGUGUUUGACCUGGAAUACGCAGGCGUGGCUCGAGGGCCCACGACGGAUCAGGGCCAUUCCACGAGCACAAGAAGCCGGAGGGUCAACGCCUUCUUUCGGAACGCACGAUGGUUGAACGAGUCCAACACCAAUGCUCGCGUGUACCGAAGCCACGCCGACCGGGUCAAGCGGAUCGUGACCGAGUCCAGCCCUCACCUGUUCCUGACUUGCUCCGAAGACGGCGAGGUACGCCAGUGGGAUCUCCGCCAACCUUCUUCGGCGUAUCCUCGUCCUCGUGGAGGAAGCGGCUAUGGUCGGUAUCGUGGCGAGGGAGCCCUGGUGACAGGAGAUGGAUGUCCUCCACCACUGAUCUCGUACAAGAAAUAUGGGUUGGACUUGAACACCAUCUCCUGCGCGCCCAGUCAACCACAGUAUAUUGCCCUUGGCGGGGCCCAUCUCCAUUGCUUCCUGCAUGACCGACGUAUGCUCGGCCGUGAUCUCGAGGCGGAGAAAGGUCGCCCUGCUUCUUCUGCCCAGAAGCCUGUGGUGGGCACUCACGAAGACGAAUCGAUGGCCGGAGCGACGCGAUGUGUGAGGCGAUUCGCACCCAACAACAGACGGAAAAUGGGUCUCACUGAUCAUGGUCAUAUCACGGCCUGCAAAAUCAGCAACGCAAACCCGAAUGAGAUGAUAGCUUCCUGGUCCGGCGACCACGUCUACAGUUUCGACAUUGUCAAGUCUCCAGACGCCAGGGAAGCCGAGAGCAGAGCUGACAGGGCGUUUCAGGCCGCUCGGCUGCGAAACCGGUCUGAACGUAAGAGAAAGAGAGCCAGAGGCGAUGGCUCUUCGACCAGUUUGGCAGAAGCGGCCAGCGCCAGCCGACGUCUUCGGAGAGUUCCAGACGACAGGCAAGAAGAAGGCCGCACUGCCCUUUUGGCUAGGUACAGUGACGGGGACUCCGAAGUGAUAUCAAUACCGCGUGAAGAAUCUGUCGAAUCCGCUUCGCCCCAUGAGUUCCUGCUAACAGAAGCCCAACAAGUGGCAGAGCAAGUUGCGAGAUCUUUGGUUCAACUUCGCAAGACCUUGUUCGAUUUCUCUGCUACCCUGAGUGAGGAGGUGGCCGCCGUCAUGGAAAAUACUUCCGAGCUGACACCUCACACUGCGUCGUUUACCGCCGUCCUGGGUCUAUGUGCUGGCUUGCUUCCACAGAUGGAUGAAAUCAUCCGGACAUGGUCUUAUCCCGUGAAUCCAAGUGAGGAGGAUGUGAUGUUCCAAAACACCCUUCGGUACAAUCGGGAAGCAGCGUGGAGGUUAGUUCAGGGAGCAGGCUGCCUGGCACGCAGCAUGGGUGGUCGUCUACAAAGUCUGAGUUCGGCCCCUGAUGUUCGCCUUGCGCGAUUCAGUGCGGUUAAGCCUCCCGCUCACGAAGGUAAGAACAUUGGCAAGGGCUCUCAGUUCUGUUAUGAUUUCCUCAAGGCCAUCCUUCUUUGGAUCGACGGAGGCCGAGAAGCUGUGCUGCGAGAAUUCAAGAGACCGGCUCAUGUUAGUAACGAAAGCCGUCGAUUUCCGCUCGACGACGAUGAUACCGUAGAGACCUGUGUGCCGAAGCUCGAAACCUAUUUCCUGGAACUCGCAGAAGACGACGUUCCCGUGGUAGAUAUUGACGCCAAUCGAUUUGAACGCGACGACAGACGUUUGAUCUUCCCGAGUCAAGUAUCCGCCGUGCAAGCUUUUAUCGGAGCAUUGACGAACAUCAAGCUUGAGUUCAACCAAGGAAUGUCUGCUCCCAGUGACGCCACUGAACGCAUCACUCGCAUCAUGGACAAGGGAGCAGCUGCGAGGUUCUGGGGGGUCAAGGUAGGCCGAUCAUUACUGAUGCGUGCCGGCGAAGGCAUCAACUUUGACUUUGUCAAUCGAGCCUUUGGAGGCAUACGAUCCCAUGUCGUUCCAGACUCGGACAACGAAAGAUCACAAGAAGAUGUUGAUCCUGAUGAAGCAGACCGCAGCGUGGAAUCUCUCGAUGUGGUUACUGGUCUCAAUCUCGCCACCCAGCAGCAGGCAUCCGGCUCCUCUGCGGAAUCUCCAGAAACGGUACGUGGCACGACUGAAGGGUCGGACCGGUCAGAUAUCGAAAUAGACAUGAAUCCUGCAGUUGAAGUCGAAGAUGCCAACGCGGACGAGGAGGAAGAUGAAGAUGAAGACGAGGACGACAAUGAGGAUGAUCAGUCUGAUUCUGAUCACGAUGACGAGGACGAUGACGAUGACGAUGCAGGCGCAUACGCUAUAGAACGUAUCUUGUUCCGUCGUCGAGCCGGCUUCAGACGAGGACCUCGCGAGCGUGCCUCGGUCAACCUCCACGUUCCAUAUUCAUCCCAUUCCAAGGCCUAUAAGGGUCAUUGUAACGCGCGAACGGUGAAGGAUGUUAACUACUACGGGCUCAAUGAUGAGUAUGUCGUCAGUGGAUCGGACGAUGGAAACUUUUUCAUCUGGGAUCGCAAGACGUGCAAGAUUAUGAACAUCCUCAAAGGCGAUGGCGAAGUGGUCAACGUGAUCCAAGGACAUCCCUAUGAGCCUAUUCUCGCUGUCAGCGGCAUCGAUAGUACGGUGAAGAUAUUUGGGAAUGGAGGUGACAGCCGAGAACGAUACGAUGCCGCCCAUGGGAUCGACGUAGCCAACCCAAGCGGGGUUGAACACCCUUCGUUGCGGUUUGGGCCCCGGCAAAGAUUUAGGCGUAUGCGGUAUGGUCUGAUUGAAGAUGGGGACGAGGACGAGGACGAAGAAGAGCCCACGGCGGCGAGGAAUGGGACGUCGUCGGCCAACGGAGGGUUGGAGAGCCGGAGGGCAUUGCAAAACGAAUACGCCAUCACCAGUCAAAACGACGCGGCGCGAAGGCAGGGUGGCGGCGAUACAUUUGUCACGGUAGGUACCAUGGAACAGCUACUGGUCAGGUCAUGGUUCCUGGCCGGGGUACAUCUGAUUUGAUUUGCUUUGACUUGACCCGGGGCUGUACUGACUUUUUGUCUCUCUGUGUGUGUCUUGGGGUUCGUGCAGGAGUCUAUGAUGAACAGAGUUGCUUUGGCAAUUCAACAAGGUGAACUUGACAUUAUUGUGGGACAACUAGUGGAACAGCUCGGUGGUCAAGAGGAAGCUAGGAAUGCCGUGGAUGAUAAUUGUGAGGUGAGUACGGUUUCUAUUCCUAAGGGCCUGAUGGUGCCCAUCUGUUGAUCUGUAUGAUAUGCUUCAGGUUGGCUGAUUUAUACUGUGGCUAGGUUAUGUGAGCUUACACGAAGCAUUUACAUGGAGCAAGUAAACAAAAAACAAUUGUUUUCAUCUACAAUGGUGAGUGGGUGAUACAAAAGGAUUGGACUGGACCGGACUGGAGGUAUCAAUCAGCACUCUUGGGGGGAUUUUGUCUAUGAGAAUCCUGAGACAUUGUUGUAUGAAUUGACGAGGAUGAAAAUACAUAUUAUCACGACGUGAAUUUCCUUUGGCGUCAAGGGGACAUACCAAUCCAUGUAAUGAAUGAAUGAAUUUGAGAUAUAUAUCUGUUGGUGUUGUGUAUAUCUUACCGAUCUCUGGUUGAAAUGGUGGACACUCUACUUCACCUCAUUUGUCUCACUAUGGCAUCAUAAACUUUGCCAGAUUGUAGCAAAAGGUCCCAUCAACAGGUAAUUCAAACAUCG